CCGCCCAAGCACCACCCCCCAGUCGGCGUUGUCCCCCGCUUGGCCAUGCUGCUGAUGCUGCUGCUCAGGACCUCGCUGAGGACGGGUCGCGGCCUCUCGCCGCUCGCCGCCUCCUCCACCUCCUCCUUCACCUCCUCCACCUCCUCCUUGCCGGGGCUCGGCGCCGUGCGGGGAAUGGCGACCUCCGGUCACCGCGUCGAGUCGGACACGUUCGGAGAGCUGCAGGUCCCCAGCGACCGCUACUACGGGGCCCAGACCGUGCGCUCCCUCAUGAACUUCAAGAUCGGUGGCCCCAGCGAACGCAUGCCGAUCCCGGUGAUCCAUGCGUUUGGAAUCCUGAAGCGCGCGGCCGCCGAGGUCAACAAGGACUACGGCCUGGACCCCAAGAUCGCCGACGCCAUUAUCCAGGCGGCUGACGAGGUGACGAGCGGCAAGCUGGACGACCACUUCCCGCUGGUGGUCUGGCAAACGGGCUCCGGCACGCAGACCAACAUGAACGUGAACGAGGUGAUCAGCAACCGCGCCAUCGAGAUCAUGGGCGGGCAGCUCGGCAGCAAGACGCCCGUGCAUCCCAACGACCACGUCAACAAGAGCCAGAGCUCCAACGACACGUUCCCGACGGCGAUGCACAUCGCGGUCGUGCGUGAAGUGAGCGGCCUGCUGCUGCCCGGCCUGCAGACCCUGCACGACGCGCUCGACGCCAAGGCGCGCGAGUUCCACGACAUCGUCAAGAUCGGGCGCACGCACACGCAGGACGCCGUGCCGCUCACGCUCGGACAGGAGUUCAGUGGCUACGUGCAGCAGCUGCACUACGGGAUGGAGCGCCUGCGCUCGGCGCUGCCACGCGUGCUGGAGCUGGCGGCCGGCGGGACUGCCGUGGGCACCGGACUCAACACGCGCAUCGGAUUCGCAGAGAAGGUGGCGGCACAGGUGGCAAAGCAGACCGGCCUGCCCUUCGUGACGGCGCCCAACAAGUUCGAGGCGCUGGCGGCGCACGACGCUCUCGUGGAGCUGAGCGGGCAGCUCAACGUGCUCGCGUGCAGCCUCAUGAAGAUCGCCAACGACAUCCGCUUCCUGGGCUCAGGGCCGCGCUCCGGCCUGGGGGAGCUCAGCCUCCCCGAGAACGAGCCCGGCAGCAGCAUCAUGCCUGGCAAAGUGAACCCCACGCAGUGCGAGGCCAUCACCAUGGUGGCCGCGCAGGUGAUGGGCAACCACGUCGCCGUCACCAUCGGCGGCAGCAACGGCCACUUUGAGCUCAACGUCUUCAAGCCCAUGAUUGUGAAGAACGUGCUCAACUCGACGCGGCUGCUGGGCGACGCGUGCGUCUCCUUCGCCGAGAACUGCGUGGCGGGCAUGCAGGCGAACCGCGAGCGCAUCGACAGGCUCAUGAGCGAGUCGCUCAUGCUCGUCACCGCCCUCAACCCGCACAUCGGCUAUGACAAGUCGGCCAAGAUCGCCAAGCUGGCACACAAGGAAGGCACCAACCUCAAGGAGGCGGCGCUGAAGCUCGGCUUCCUCACAGCCGAGGAGUUUGACAAAUGGGUGCGGCCAGAGGACAUGCUGGGCCCCAAGUGAUGUGACCCCUGACCCCCUGCCACCCAUACUUAGCCGCACACUGCGAUGCACACACACCCCCCCCCCCCAAUCUGCUGCUGAAGGUCCCCUCAUGGCAUGUUCGUCAUGGGGGUUGCUCGACCAUACCCUGAUUGGUCACUGUAGGUCGGCCUAGGACAGCUUUAUAUUUCCAUCGCUACUCGUUAGCCAUGGCUGGGAAUUGGACUCGGGUCGCUGGGUUCGUAAUACAGCGUGCGAACCACGCAUCACGUGCGUAUGUCAGCAUCGAAUGUUUAUUAAUUGUGCAAACGUUUAUGCAAAUUAUUUUCUAAUGGUGUGUAUCGGUUAACGAGAGUGGGCAUAGCGGUACAAACCAGCCAGAAUGGACAAAAAACAAGGUAAUAUAUUUUUGAAUUGAACCCUGACCCCGAAUCUCGGCAAUGAAUUUCUGGGAGGUGUGAAUCUGUACAAGCUAUACGUCUACUACCUGUUCCUGAUAAGAGCUUUUUUUCCCCAAGUUGCAUCUUUCAAUUUCAAGAAAACAAAUCGCAGCACCUUGCAUGACCAGGUUAUUUUGCAUUGUACAGCCUAAAGGCCCCAUCAAUAAAUGUACGCAGAUUUUA